CUUUUACAGAUUAUUCAGCGCAUAUAUCAUUCUAGUGAGAGAGAGAGCCGAUACUUUGCAUUCUCGAUACUCUGUUCUACAAUUCUCGAUCAUUGUUGGUAUUGAAUCAAAGCUAUUUUCUUCUCUACUCUAUAUCGUUUAUAUGAUUGUUGAAUGAAAUAGGGACAAACAAUUCACUCCAGUACACGGAUCUCAACUGCAAGUUUAUCUGAGAUCAUCUUUCUCCAACUCAAGGAAUCGCAACUAGCUCAAGGAAGAAGAUAUUUAUUAGUGUACUAAAUUGGCUGUCCGAGUCUGUGUUCAGACUGUAAUGUCACCAGAAAUGAGUAUUUGAUAAAGGGUCCUGAGAUGGGAGCAUUUCAUCUAGAGAGUUCUACAUUGGUGCCUGUGCAUUUAGUGAGCAAUGGAAGAAGUUUGACCCUGCUUUUCCUCAAUGGUCAUGGUGCAGAUGUCCAAAGCUUCUUGGGGUUUGUUCCACUGGAGUAGGCGGUUAUCUCUGCGUGGGGUGUGUAAUUCCACAUUUCCACCUCCUGGUUCUACUGUGGAAGAUAAUCAUGAAUAUGACGACAAUGUAAUAAAAGAGACAGGUUGCUUGGAGGAAGAUGACAUUGUUGAUAGUGCUGCAUUGGUUCAAGCUCAGAGAUGCGAAAGGUGCCGCUAUGACUUUCACAUUGUUUACUGCUUAUCUUAUAGGGUUCCUGUGCAACCUUUGGCAUUGCAAGAGCUGGAAAAGAACAUCCCUGGAAGCACAAGGCAGGAACUGGCAGUACACAAAUGGACCAUUAUAACACAGGAGGAGCACCCAUACCGGAAUCAGCCUUGGUUCUCACUACAUCCAUGUGGGACUAGUGAGUGGAUAAAGAUUCUUUUUACUAGGGACACAUCUGCAUUUGUACUUGGAUGAGUGGCUGUUCAUAGAUAUAUGGUCUCUUGGUUCUCCUUUAUUGCAACAGUUGUUGGUCUCAAACUUCCCUUUGGAAUGUUUGGGAGUAGUGAUUAUCAUAUUCUAGCCCCUAACUAAGCAGAAUGUCAAUACAUACACAAUAGUUAUUGAGAUUUAAAUGAAACAUUAUAUUACUUCCUACAUUCUCAUUGCAGGCUUGCACCUCGAGAACUUAUUUUGCAAUUUCUUCUCUGGUAAUGGUGUAUUGGUGUCCGUUAUAGCUAUACAGAACCAUCCUAUUAAAGACAGCAUGAAGACUUUACUCGUUUGUAGUCAAUACAUACACGUUAGUUAUUUGAGAUUUUUCACUUUUGGUUCUCUAAACUUAAUACUCCAUUCCAUUUUCUUAUCCACA